CUGAAGCCAUUGGUUUCUUGUCUGCAGUUGGGGUCUUUAUUGUUCUUCUGGCUGUCCUCUUCCUCUUCAUCAACAAGAAACUGUGUUUUGAGACUAUUGGAGGCCUUCCAUGCCUGGAGCAACAUGGGAAAAGAAAGCACUCUAAAGACAAGACUGGCAUCCACAAAGGGCUGGCUGAGAAGUUUUGAGAGUGAAAUAUUCACAGCCAUUAAGAGACCUCCAAUUUAAUUUCUCACCAUGCUUAUUCUGUAGUGCACAUUAACACCAGAGCACUGAAGAAACUGAAUAAAUGGACUUGUAGCCAUCAUAUAGAUAGUCAUGGUGUUGGCCAUGGCGUCUCAGGAUGCUCAGAACUUCUUUCAACCUUUCUCUUCCUGGAUAUCUCGGGCUUAUGAAGCUCUCCAGCAAGCAGCAGAUACAUUAUCUGCUUUGCUGGUUAACUUAAACAAACAAGACUCUAAAGUGAGUGACAAGCUAGACCAGGAUGCUAAUCAGAUUCAGGAAACUUACUUUGAAGAUGAAGAACAAGGCAAUGCUUGGAGUGAAGAGGAUACAAAUUCUUUGUUUCUUGAAGUGGAUCAUUUCUCCUGUUGUAAUAGUGAUUUACAGAACUCUGCCCGAAGUUCACGUCCCAUACUUAGCCAGCAUGCAAAGGAAUCAUGUUCUAUAAAGUCCCAGUGGCCCAAUCAGUCCCUUGAUGACCAAAUGCCAGCACAUGUGCUUUCUUCUAUUGCUGAGGAAGAGCAUCACUUUGAAAAGCAAAGGAGUGGCCUUCAGCACAGCCUUGCCAGCCAGAUCUCUGGUACUCUAGAAAACGUUAAUGGAAAAAAGCAAGUUAACAGCUUUGGAGAUGACGAAGACCUAUCCACAUCUUCUGACUGUGAUGAGGAGGUGAUCAAACGGUUUGAGAUUUCUGUAUCCCGAUCCCAGAGUUUUCGUUUUGGAGCAUCUGAGAAAAGAAAGAAGACAGGACUGGAUCAGAAACCAAAAUUUAGUUAUUUACCCUCUAAUCAUGAAGAGGAUAACACAGGAGUGUCUGCCUGUGAAGAUGUGAAUGGAACCAGCCAGCUGAGUUAUUCUGAAAAUUUGUCUUACGGUAAAGAUGGCCCCAUCUCUGCCAACUCAUGGUCCCCAUGUGAGAUGGUGGGCACCAGGCACCAUGGCACAUCUUCCCAAGAGAUUAAUGUGGUUCGCAGCCUUAGUCGCCAGUCCACAGAGGGGAGCUUGGAAACGGAAACUGCUUUUAAUAACCGGGGAUUUGAAGAUUCCUAUGCCACUGACGGUUCUUCCGUGUGGACUCCAGAGGAACAGGAUGGGACCCAUUUUCAGGUGCCACCAGGGAUCCCAGGGCCCAUCUCAAAAUGCGGUGACUUAGAUGUCAUCUUUGAAUAUAGAGCUGCCAACCAGAAGCUCACGGUGACCAUCGUGAGAGCGCAGGGCCUCCCAGAUAAGAACCGAAGUGGUGUCAACUCCUGGCAAGUUCACAUCGUACUGUUGCCCAGUAAGAAGCAGAGGGGCAAGACAAGCAUACAGAGAGGACCCAAUCCUGUCUUCAAGGAGAAGGUCACCUUCACCAAACUGGAACCUAGAGAUUUGACUGUCUGUGCUAUCCGCUUCCGUUUGUAUGCUGCUCGAAAGAUGACCCGAGAGACAAUGAUGGGAGAGAAGCUGUUCCAUCUCAGACACCUGCAUCCAGAAGGAGAAAUGAAAGUGACCCUGGUUCUGGAGCCAAGGAGUAACAUCACUAGUGGAGAGUCUCCGCUCAGCCCAUCUGCAGUUUCUCACAGUGAUAGUGCUUCAUCUACACAGUCACUGUCUCAUGGAGGGGUGCCAGAGCUGUUGGUGGGGUUGUCCUACAAUGCCACAACGGGGCGAUUAUCUGUGGAAAUGAUCAAAGGCAGCCAUUUCCGAAAUCUCGCUGUGAACAGAGCGCCUGAUACUUAUGGAAAACUCUUUCUCCUCAAUUCUGUGGGCCAAGAGAUGUCCCGCUGCAAGACGUCCGUUCGACGCAGUCAGCCCAAUCCUGUCUAUAAGGAGACCUUUGUUUUCCAGGUGGCCCUCUUUCAGCUCUCUGAUGUCACUUUAAUGAUUUCCAUUUAUAACAGGCGUACUAUGAAGCGUAAAGAGAUGAUUGGUUGGAUUGCUCUGGGUCAAAACAGUAGUGGAGAGGAGGAACAAGACCACUGGGAGGAAAUGAAGGAGACCAAAGGUCAGCAGAUCUGCAGAUGGCACACCUUGCUUGAAUCUUAGGUCUGGUGUUAGACCUGACUUGUGUUAACUGUUAACUGUUAGCUGCUUACUUAGCAGGCUUUUCAAAGACAAAUUUUCAAAUUUGGAUUCUACAAACCCCUAGGACAAUCUAAAGGGAGGAUCUAUGGUUUCCCAAAGGUUUGAUUUAGAUUUAAAUAUUGUGACUAAGAAGAAAAAAAAACAUAUACAAUCAAAAGUGCUAUAUGAAAAAUGUUAACAAGUUGUGAACAGUGGUGAUGAAUUAAUUUAUGUUAAUAGGUUAUUGAGUUUGGUUCA